AUGCCGACGCAGUGGUCCGAGGCCCGGGGCUUCAGGUGCGGCAGCAACGCCACUGUCCAAUGCGACCUGGAAGUUCUACUUCGGGUCGGCGUGCCGCUCUUUAGUGGAGCGGACGGGGUGUUGCUGGCAGACACCGUCCCUGCCGACGCCAUCUUCCGCAUCCUCGCGGCUGAUGACAAGCGCGGGAAUUACACGGAAGUCUUGGCCGAGAUUGGCCCGGACCGUCGGCUGCAUCUCGUGCGAGAUCUGCGGGCCGAGGCCGUGGAGGCCACGGCGGCUGCCAUGGACACGUCCGCGGCUGCAGCCGGCAGUGCGGAUGUGGGCGGCCCCGAGGCCCCUUCCGCGGGAGUCCAGCUCGGAGGCCUGCCGGACACCACGGCCCCUGCAGCUGCAGCGGCUCACCCGGAGCGCUCAGCGGCCGACGUGGACAUGGGCGACGAGAUGACUGAGGCCGCGGUUGAGGACCCGGACCUCACGGUCGGCCAGCUUGUCGAUAAGACCACCGACAAGCUUAAGUUCAUGGAGGGCUACAUGGAGGGCGCAGCUCGAAUGGUACAGUUCGAGGCGGCCCUCAGCUGCCGUGCAGGCGCCGAACACAGCCGUGUGCUAACGCACGCCGAACAGCUGCUCCACAAGGGAGAGGAGUACUUGGAGCAGCGUGAUGCCGAGGCGGGUGCGGCCGCUUCUGGCGCCCCGUCCUCCGGGAGUGCGGCGCCUGACCAGGAUGCUGAGGACAGAGACGAUCCCAUGGAGGGACCCCCCGCUGCGGAGCCGGCGGCGGGUUCAGCAGCGUCUUCGGAGGAGCUCGUGGCCGAUGAGCCGGCGCGAAGCUUACGAACCGCAAGCCAGGUGCCGAGGCGGUUCAAGGCGGUCGCUCACGUGGCGCCUCCGGGCGUGACCUUGGCGGCACCUUUGGGGGAUGCGCAGGUCGCGCCAGAUGCUGAGCCUGAUGGCUCUUUCCUUUGCCCUGAAUGCGGCAAGGGACUGGACACCGUGGUGCGCUGGCACUUGCACAGAGCGGCGUGCCACGAUGUCCGGCUCCCGGCUGCGGUGUUCCCGGAGCCGACGAGCAGUGACCAGAUCCGGCAGGACUACCGAGAAAUCUGGUUUCGACUCUCGAAGAAAGGCCACUUCUUCGAGAUGAAUGAGCUGAACCGGUCCAGGACCGCAAAGAGGUUCGGGGACGAU